AUGAAUAUCAGUUUCAACGACGUUUGGACAGACGCAAAUAGUUCUGAUUAUUAUCCGACAGUUGACUAUAAAAAUUUGUGGAAUGACACAGAAAUCGACAAUAUCGAGACGGAUCUGUGGUUGCAUUGGUCUAAACUGGCUCAAAAGAAAGCAGGAUUAUUGAUUUUUUUGUUGCUUUUUUCAACUUCUACACUAUUUGGAAAUAUGCUUGUAAUCCUGGCAGUAGCCCGAGAGCGUUACUUGCAUACGUCGACUAAUUAUUUUGUGACGUCUUUAGCCGUGGCGGACUGUCUAGUAGGAAUGGUUGUAAUGCCCUUCAGUGCCAUCUACGAAGUUUUGGACAACACUUGGUUCUUUGGCUCCGACUGGUGUGACAUUUGGCGCUCCCUGGAUGUCUUGUUUAGCACCGCUUCCAUUCUGAACCUUUGUGUUAUAAGCUUGGAUCGAUAUUGGGCCAUAACCGAUCCGUUUACAUACCCGAAGAAAAUGACGCGAAAACGUGCGAUUUUGCUGAUAGCGACAGUUUGGAUAUGCAGCAGCGCUAUAUCAUUCCCAGCCAUAGCCUGGUGGAGGGCCGUUCGCACGAGUAAAUUACCCGAUUACAAAUGUCCCUUUACGGAACAUCUAGGCUAUCUCGUGUUUUCUUCAACGAUUUCAUUUUAUUUACCACUAUUCGUAAUGGUCUUUACGUAUUAUCGCAUAUACAGAGCCGCAAUAAUACAGACUCAAUCCUUGAAAAUUGGAACUAAGCAAGUGAUGAUGGCUAGUGGAGAACUGGAACUGACACUGCGCAUCCAUCGUGGGGGCACCGCCAAGGAGCACUCCGGAGCCGUCUAUCUUACCCCUACGGCGACAUCGACACCUGAAGAGGCGCCGGACAUCGAUGACUCGCCCACUGUUUUACAUCACAACGGGGUCGGGCGUCUUAAUUCAAACAGAAUGGGCACUAAGCACAUAAACAAAAAUUUUUCGCUAAGCCGCAAAAUUGCAAAAUUCGCUAAAGAGAAAAAAGCGGCAAAAACUCUCGGAAUUGUCAUGGGCGUUUUUAUUAUAUGCUGGCUGCCGUUCUUCGUCGUCAAUCUCCUAUCUGGGUUGUGCGUGAAUUGUAUCCAACACGAAGAAAUAGUAUCGGCGGUAGUCACGUGGCUCGGAUGGAUCAAUUCUAGCAUGAAUCCGGUAAUAUAUGCAUGCUGGAGUAAGGAUUUUAGAAGAGCUUUCGCCAGAAUCUUAUGUGCAUGUUGUCCGAGAAAAGUCCGAAAAAAAUACCGACCAACCUUGAAAUCGAAAUCACAGAGAUAUGGAUCCAGAUUAUCGUCCAGACGUUAUUAUUCAACGUGCUCUUUACAUGGGAUACAAGUGCGACAAAAUAACUAUGGACAAUCCUACAUUUAG